AUGACAGAACCUGCAUCUACCGCGGCAUCUUGCAGUGAAACCACCGAAGAGGAAAGAUCGUCGCUGCCUAAUGGAAUAGUAAUUGGAAUUGACAUUGGCACCUCACCGUGCCGUGUUUCUGUGUGGAACGGUUCUGUAUUCGAGGUUUGGCAAAAUGAAAUAAACGAGAUGAUGAUAAGAUUCUGCGAAACUUCCAAAGAUCAUGACUUUGCUAUUGGAUCUGGUAGUAGCAGUAGUAGUACUGAAGUCUCGCUCGAGAAUAUGGAUACAAUUUUCGACAUGAAUCAGUUUUUUAACAGAAUUUUCAGUGAAAGUGCAAAAUUUCCAUUUCUGAUGCACACCGUGGACAUUAAGGAUCGGCCUUUUGUUGAUGCAUUUAUGAAAAAACUGUGGAGAACCACUAUCUCAGAAGAACUACUUGGAAAAUUUCUAAUGAAAUUAACAUCAAUGGUUGAAACUCAGCUGAACAGACGUAUAAGAAAUGUAGUGUUUACAGUUCCAGUUUCAUUCAGUCAAUUGCAGAUAAAUCGGAUACAUCGUGCUUGUGUAAUGGCCGAUUUUAAAGCUAUCCGACUGAUGCCUCAACCAACAGCAGUGGCGUUUUGGUAUGUGAUGCAUAAACUGUAUGCUUACGCUUAUGCUUCUUCUCAUGAGGAUAAGGACAAUGAAAGCAAGAAAAUUGCUCUCAUUUUUAAUAUGGAUGCAGGUUAUUGCGAUGUUUCUGUUAUUGAAGUGGAAAAAGGGAAAUUCCAUAUAAAAGCCAUGACAGGAAGUACUAUUGGUGAAGAAGAUUUGUUUCGAAAUAUGAUGUGUCAUCUUUUACCUAAUUCUGAAAAUAUAUUCAAGAGACAUGUUCACUGGAACUCAGAUAUUACAUCAAUGGCUUCUCUUCGAAGUAGAAUUCACGGUGUGAUUACUAAGCUUUCGUCUGAGACAAGUGUUGAGGUUGACUUAAAGUCGUCGGUACUUGGUUUGAAGAUACAAAGGGUUGUAACACGGGCGGAGUUUGAGGAUGCAAACAAAGAGGUGUUUGAGAAGUGUGAAAACCUAAUCAUGCAAUGCUUGCAAGAUGCGAAGAUAGAAGCCGAGAAUAUAAAUGAUGUGAUUAUUGUAGGUGGAUGUGGCUAUAUACCGAGAGUGAGGAAUCUUGUUACUAAAAUAUGCAAUGGAAAGGAAAUUUAUAUAGGUAUGAAUCAUUUGAAUGCUGUACUUUGUGGUGCAGCAGUGGCAGGAGCUGUUGUCGAGGCCUCUGAUGACGCGAACUUGUUUACUUCUCAAGUCACACUCCAUACCAUCGGAAUUCAAGAUGAUGGAAUGAAAUUUGUAACUGUUAUUCCGAAGAACACAUCAGUGCCAACGACGUGGAAUAUAGCUUUUUCAACAAAUGAUAAUCAAACUACAGCAUUGAUUGUUAUCUAUGAAGGUGGUGAGGAGGGACAAAUGGCUGAAGAAAACAAUGUUUUGGGAAAUUUGGAAAUAACUGAUAUACCUGAAGCACCAAAAGGGGUUCCGGGAAUCACUCUUUCGAUGACGAUAGACCAUAAAAACAGGUUGACAGUUACUGCUUCUGUUCGGAUGCCGAGAUAUGAUCAACAAUCUGCUAUUCCUAUUAUUGAAGAAAGGAUGAUAAAGUUUGAUGAUCAGUUUCUAAUUAGAACUAAGUUUGAUGAUACAAUAGAUUUGGUUAAGUCCUUCAAUGUGGAACAAUAA